CUCAACUUUCCACAAUCACAGCACUCAAACGCUGCUGCUGACGGUUUCUCUGCUCUGCACACCCACCCCCCCUUUAGAACUGUGGUGUUGCUCGCAUCCCUCCCUCUCUCCCUCAUCUGCGCCCUCACACGCGGCCCACACCCUCGCCGUGCCGCGUUGGUUGCUUGGUCAUUCGUUGUCUCUCUCUAUCUCCUGGCCUGCUUGUUCUCGACUCGUCGGCGUCUUUGACUUAUCAUCCCACGGCGCAGCCUGCCCAGCCACACUUUUUCUUUGCAGCUCCCCCCCCCUCACACACAACGCCGCGAUGAGCUCGUCUCCUCCAAGACUGCGCAGCUUCAGGCCGCACGCCUUCUGGAAGCAUGUGCAAGACGUGUCCGCUGCUGCGCUGAAAUCGGGGGCGCUUGUGCCUCUUACAACUCGUGCCACGACCGUGGAGUGCCAUGGCGUGGAGUUUCAGGUGCGCGUGUUGGAGCACAUUGAGAAGAAGGACAAGGCCAAGACCGACAAGCCGAAACACUUCAACCCGUUUCUGCCGCCGGAACCUGAGCUGACCGUGUGCAAGGUGGAGCCACACCACCUGUGCCUGCUGAACAAGUUCAACGUGUUUGACAACCACCUCCUGCUUGUGACGCAAGAGUACCAGCCGCAGAUGCGCCGCCUCGACCACGCGGACAUGACGGCCCUGUGUGCGCUGAUGGAGCAGCGCCACUUCCUCGCCUUUUUCAACGGCGGGCCAAAGGCCGGCGCGUCGCAGCACCACAAGCACAUGCAGGUCAUCCCGCUCCCGUUUCUGCCGGACGAGACGGAGCCCAGGGUGCCGAUUGAGGCUGUGAUGGCGCCGGAGGACGGGCUGGUGCAGCAGAGUCUGCCCUUCAUCCACCGCGUGCACUGGUUCGACAGCGGCGACGACGACGAUGACAACGGCAACAGCAACGGCAAUGGCGGCAGUGGUGGGCAUGGAACGAACAACGCAAGCAGCAACAUGCAACAGCAGCAACAACAACAACAGCCGCAGCAGCAGCAGCAGGAGAACACGGAGGAGGCGCGACGACCAUCGCGACCACAGACGCAGCAGUGGCGGGACCCUGAUGUUGUGCACAGCGCGUACCUGUCGCUGAUGGAGCAGCUUGACCGCUUUCACCACGCGGACGAGUACAUGACCAAGCCAUACAACUUCAUCAUGACGCGGCGCUGGAUGAUGGUGGUGCCGCGGUCUGAGGAUGGCAUGAACGGCGUGGAGUGCAACGGCAUUGCCUUUACCGGCGGUAUGCUUGUGCGCACGCCAGAGCACGUGCAGUGGCUCAAGGAGUACGGGAUUUUCCGGCUGAUGGCCAAGCUGUGCAACGAGCCCAUUGUCAGCAGUGACGAAGAUGAGGAGGAGGAGGAUGAGGAUGAUGAUGAUGAUGAUGAUGAUGAUGAUGAUGAUGAUGAUGAUGAUGAUGAUGAUGAUGAUGAUGAUGACGGUGGCGAUGGUGAGGUUCAGGGUGGAGUUGCGGGUGAGCACAGCAGCGGGACAAGCAGCGGUGGGGUCGGCAGUGAUUGCGGGGCCGGUGUUGAUGGCGCUGUUGAUGACGGGAUGGAUGAGUUUGAUGAGGAUGCUGUUGAGGCGCGGGAAGUGGCGCGGGAGGAGGUGCAGGGCUCGCUGGACAAAUACGACGCAGUGCAGGGACAGAGCAACACCAACGGCGCUGAUGGGAGUGGUGAUGUUGGUGUUGGUGGUGGGGAUGAUCUUACGGAUGCAACGCCAACCAUGAGCAUGAGCGUCAGCAACAGCAGCAACACAAGCAACUAA